UAUUCCCUUUCUGUCAACUAGUAAUAAGCCUUCCCCUCACACCCAAACCCGAAUAUCACUUGAAUUUCUAUACUAUGAUAUUAUACUACGUGUCUACGUCCAAUUAGACUGAUAAUGUUUGAUUUUUGACGUUUUUUUCGAAAAUCGCAUGCUUAUUAUGAAUAAUAUUGAGAAGUCAACAAGCGUCGUUGAUGAUUCAGAGUUAGAGGACUCAGAAAAAAUGUUCGGAGACAAGCUGGAGUCACAGGCGUUGCAGAAAGGGUGCGAGGAGGACAUUGAGAAGCAUUGCAGGCGGUGCAUAGGCAAACCGACAAUGCGAACAAUGAACAAGUUGCGAAAAUACGGUAUCUACGUGCUCUUUUGCAUGCUGCUCUUCGCCAUGGUUUUCCAGUUUUCCGCCGAUUUACGGCAGCCCUCCUAUCCAGUUUUCAAGCUGUCCGAGGGAAAUAUGACGAAUCGGAUGAUUAUUGUGGUGACGCCGACGUAUAAGAGGAUGACCCGGAUACCUGAUAUGUUACGAAUGGCAAACACCCUAUCCCACAUCAAGGAUCUUCACUGGAUCAUCGUAGAAGACGGCAACAAGACCGUGCCAGCAGUCCGUGAUAUUCUCGAAAGAACCAAACUCCCUUACACCUACAUGGGUCACAAAACCAUUCUGGGGUACCCAAGAAGAGGCUGGUAUCAACGGACGAUGGCGCUGAAGUACAUCCGAUCAAAUACCUCCCAAAUAUUGGGAAAAGAUCAUGAGGAAGGUGUCGUGUACUUUGGAGAUGACGAUAAUUCGUAUGAUACGCGGCUUUUUACGGAGUAUAUCAGGAAUGUGAAAACGCUCGGAAUUUGGGCAGUUGGCCUGGUCGGUGGUACUGUAGUCGAAGCGCCAAAAGUGGUGGGCGGCAAGGUGACGGCAUUUAACGUGAAAUGGAACCCGAAGCGGCGAUUUGCGGUGGAUAUGGCCGGUUUUGCAGUCAACCUGAAAGUGGUCCUGAACUCUGAUGCAGUAUUCGGUACCGCUUGUAAACGCGGCGGUGGUGCCCCGGAAACAUGUCUGCUGGAGGAUAUGGGUCUAGAACGAGAGGACAUUGAGCCAUUCGGUUAUGAGAAGGAUAAAGACCGUGAAAUCCUGGUAUGGCAUACAAAAACCAGUACGCCGAACAUCGUGAAAUCCAACAAAAAUUCCACGAAAAAAGCCCCUCCGCCAGACACCUUCGGGUACUUUGUUGAAGCGUGAUAUGAUAAUUCUUUUUCUGUUAAAUAAUUUUCCUACAAAAAUUUUGAUGACGGGUGCCAUCGUGUAAUUCUCUUCCCCCAACUUCCCCCUUGCUAGCCGCUUCUAAUUCCUCUUUUCGGGUUUUUCUCUUUCUGUGUACUUUUUACUUGCUUCCGUUCUGUUUUUGUAUUCAUAAAAAUGCUGAUUUU